CAACGUGUCAGCUUUGCCAUAUUUCAGUUUCCACACCGAUGGCAGCUUCUACCUUUGUCUCUGCAACAGCAUGAACUCUCUCUGUGAACCCUAAGCUCACCUCUUUAAUUUCAUUGUCCACAAUGCUCUGUUCCAUUUCUACCCAGAAAUCUGCCGGUUCAAACUGGCUUGACCGGCUCCGAUCAUCAAAGGGCUUCUCCUUUGCCGACAACCGCAAUCUCGAACAAUUUAUCACUCACCAGACUCCUAAUGGAUCUGAUUCUCUUCCUCCCAGCACCGAAACUGAGAUAAGAGACAGUAAUAAUAAUACCGGUUCGGAAUCCAGCUCGGAUCCAAUUCGGCCCGUAAACGAACCGGUCCUCCAUCGGGACCAAGCUCCGGCCGCACCACAUAACAGUGGAGACAACGAAGAAAUGUGUAGUGUAGUUACGAAUGUUCUCUCCGAGCUAUUUUGUAUGGGGGAGUCAACUAGUUUCCCUAAGUUCAGUGUGAAAAGGGGCUCCCGCAAACAGACGAACCCUAGGUUUUGUGCUUCAUCGGAAAUCAACAAUGAUGCGGUAGUCGAGGGUGGUCAGAGGAAAGAAGAAACUGAGUCUCUGGACAAAUGUCGGGUGGAAAUUAAGGAUUCUCAGGUCAAGCUAUUAGAGCAGGGCCAUAAUUUGAACUUAGCGGAAGAGGAGGACAAGUCCAACGCCAAUUUGAUGGGAUUUUCACGGACCGAAGUAAUGGUGAUAGAUACGAGCUGUGCACCGUGGAAAUUUGAGAAAUUGCUUUUCAGAAAGAAGAACGUUUGGAAGGUUCGUGAUAAAAAAAGUAAGACGCUGAAUUGGGGGAAGAAGAAGAGGAAAGCUGAUGUGACAAGUGAGGAUGCUCGUGGCGAGAAGAAACAGAAGUUUAUAAGCGGGCAUGAUGGUUAUGCUGCAAAAGGGAGAGAAUGCAAGUCUUCCGUCAGUGAAAAGCUUCAGUUGGAUGAUAAAUCGGAAGGAACUUGUAAAAGGACAUCUGAUUCUGUUGGCCAGGCUUCCAAAAAGAAACAAGGGAGCUUAAAAUUGAAGAAGUCAUCUUCAUCAGUUGUUCUAAUCAAGAGCAUUCCAACAAGUAAGAAAAAUGGAACAGGUUUUGCUAAGAAUUCUCUGAAGCCAUCUCAUCGACAGUGUCAAGCUCAAUAAUCAACCAAACAUUGUUGUCUGAUUGCAAAUUCAUCUGUACCUUGCCAUCUUUGGAAUAUUUAAGCAUGCCAUUUUCCAGAAACAACUACUCCAUUAUAUAAGAUGCUGAGCGGAGCAGGAAGAAUUGUAUAAUACCACUCACUGUGCAGAGAAUUAUAAUUGUACAAUUUUUUGUUGAUGUAACACACUGUUUUACUUAUCAGGAUGCAAACAUUUAAGCUA